AUGUCAGUUACCGAUGUCCCGGUGCUGAAGCGUGCGCGACUCUACAUGGCGACGAACCGCCGGCUCGCGGUUGUUCUUGUUGUGCUGCUGUACUGGGUGGUCCAGAACGUCUGGACGUGGAGCCCCGGGGCGCGCGAUUUGGCCCAAGUGGACGCCAAGAUCGAGGCCGAGCUAAGCUCGAACCUGCACACUUUUGGAGCGCAUUUGCGCCACCUGAACCGGCUUCCGGCAGCGGCGACUCUGCGCGAGAAGCUCACGUUCUACUUCCCGUACUACCCCGAAAAGCCUGUCCCGAACCAGAUCUGGCAGACGUGGAAGGUCGAUCUCGAGGACGCCGACUUCCCCAAGCAGUACAGACGGUUCCAGAAGACGUGGGUCGAGAAAAACCCGGACUACGUGUACCAUCUGAUCCCGGACUCUGUGAUUGAGGACUUUGUGGCGAGUCUGUACGCGAACGUGCCCGAGGUGGUGAGAGCGUACCAGCUGCUGCCGAAAAAUAUUAUGAAGGCGGAUUUUUUCCGGUAUUUGGUGGUCUACGCGCGCGGCGGCACCUACUCGGACAUGGACACGGUGUGUUUGAAGCCGAUCAAGGACUGGGCCACGUUUGACCGCGACCUGAUCCACGCUGCCGACACCAAGGCGGAUCUGUCCCAGAUAGAUCCGGACGCAAGAACCACGCCUACUGCAGUUCUGCCAGUGGACGAUCCAGGCGAAGCCAGGGCACCCGCUGCUGCGCGACCUGAUCAUCCGGAUCGUGGAGGAGACGUUCCGCAAACAGCACAUGGGCGUGCUGAAAAGGGUGGAGGGCAAGGACUCGGGCGCAGACAUCAUGCAGUGGACCGGGCCGGGGAUAUUCACCGACACUCUGUUCGACUAUCUGAACAACGUGGCGAGCGACGGCAAGCUGGGCGACGGGUACGGCGUGGGGUCUUUGUACUGGCGCAAGCACGGCAAGUACAAGCUGAAGAAGACGGAGGUCGGCAAGAACAACGAGCCGUUGCACUCGGAAGACCAGCUGAUCAACUGGCGGACGCUGACCAACAUGGACAAGCCAAGGAUCCUGGGGGACGUGAUGGUGUUGCCGAUCACGAGCUUCAGCCCGAACGUGGGGCACAUGGGCUCAAAGAGCAGCUCCGAUAG